AUGGAGGAGGCUGCGAGGCGGGAGAAAGAGAAGCAGGAAGAGGAGGCGAGGAAGGAAAAGGAGCGCCUGGAAGAAGAGGCGCGCAGGCCGCCGCCUCCCCCAGCUGCCGCUCCCGCGCCGCCCGCUGAACCUCCCACAGCCCCAGCGGAAACUCCUGCAGCACCAGCUGAGGCUCCCGCAACCCCAGCCGAAACCCCCGCAGCCCCAGCUGAAACUCCUGCUGAAUAA